AUGAGCAUAGACAACGCGAGAGGCGAAGAUGUCGACCCAGUCCACGACGAUGCCCAGCUAUCACGCAAGGACCCGCGAACACUAACAAAUCUCAACGAGAUCCUUGAUCAUCUCUCCGCUCUCCAGUCGGAAGAGACUGACCUGUCAAACUCGCUCUCUGACCUCCUCUCUCGCCGCGACUUGAUCACCGACUCUCUCUCCAAGCUUGAGGCAGUCGCUCCCAGGCUCGAUGACCUCCGCUCAGAAUCUCAUCAGCUCUCGGCACAGGUCUUGGCGACAAGCAGAAUUGCAGAUCGCGUCGGUGGACGCGUCCGUUCCAUCGACGAGGAGAUGAAGCGCGUCACCGAGGCGGCCGACCAUAUCGGCCAAGUCAUGGAACUCAAGUCGUCUCUGGCCCAGCUGCAGUCCUGUAUCGAGAGCCGUGACUGGGAGUCGGCUACACGACACUGCGCUCGCGCCAUGGUGGUGCACACUGAAGUCAUAUCAGGUCGGUUUGCAGAGAGCGCUAUACCAACCUCGGAGAACCCACUUCCCCCGGUGCAAAGCUUGCAGGCUGCCAGGGAUCAGCUUCUGGCCAUAUUCAAGCACCACUUCGAAGAAGCUUCUCGUGCCCGCGAUGCUGCCGCCACCAGCCGUUUCUUCAAACUGUUCCCUGUCGUGGGAUGGGAAGCUGAGGGAUUAGAAGCCUACGCAUCAUUUGCCGUCGACCUUGUUCGUGUCCGAGCUCCAUCGUCAGCCAAAACCUCAUCUUCCUUAUACUAUGUGACAUCUAUCACUGCGUUAUUUGAGAAUGUAGCUAUGAUUGUUGACCAACAUCGGCCAAUAGUCGAGAAGUACUAUGGUUCUGGCAAGAUGGUCCCGGUCAUUCGGCGUCUGCUCGAAGAAUGCGACCGCGUACUGAAGAAAGCUAUCGCUGGUUGGAAGGAGGACAGGCUAAUUGACAGAAAGUUGUCAGAAAUUUCAAACUCUCCAUUAGCGCUCGGAGGUCGCCGUCAGAUAUCCCAGACAGAGGAGGACUACGAUCCCCGGGAUAUAGACAAAAUCCUAUAUGAAACUGCGGGCAUGAAUGCUCGAUGGAGCCUUUUCCGCAAGUUCUUAGCCGAGGAACUUCAGGCACAGAGUCAAGAUGGGGGGGCCGAUCAAGCUGAAAGGGAGGUCAAACCGAGUGCUGAAAGCUCGCUGCUUUCCCUCGUCGAGCAAACGGAUGCAUGCCAUUUCUUCGAGGAGCUCAUGACAACUUGCUAUGUUCCGAUGGAGGUCUGGUACACUCGUACUAUUAUUGACAAGGCGCAUCGAUUAUCCAGUCCCGAACUAUCUCAACCAGUUACAACGACAACUCCAGACGACGUGUUUUACAUCCUCAAAACCGUCUACAAUCGUGUCAUCUCGACAGGGUCUGCCAAAACUGUGACACGGAUGACGAAUCUUUUGAAGGAUGUGAUGGAGAAGGAUUACUCUGGUACUAUCAAGGGCAAGUUGGAUGAUGUCUACCGGUCAUCAGGAGGGACCGUUAAUUCAACGCGUGGCGAGAAGGGCGAACAAGGGAGCAGGAAUACAUUCAUCAUGUUGCUGAAUGAUCUUGACGUAUCCUGUUCUCACAUGGAAAGACUUGUCAAAGAUAUGAGCAAUCAUCCAUCAAUAUCCCAGCUCUUCUUGGAUGUCGAAAUAGAGGGAUUGAAAAAAACAAUCUUGAGUCUGAACACUGUGGUUCCGAAGUUCAGAUGGACCAUCAAGAGCGGCAUCGAGCAACUCUUUAAUCAGCUCAUGCGCCCAAAACUGCGGACAUUGAUUCCUGAUGUCUACAGGGACGUGUCUUAUGUCUUGGAUGAAGACUCAUACUCUGCUGCAGAAUACCAGGAUGCUGUUAGAAAGCGGUUUGUGAAAAGCUGGGAAGGCUUGACUGAAGGCUACAAGGAUACGUUCACAGACAGCAAUUACAAGCAGCUCUUCAGUCAAGCGCUUGACGUCAUCCUUCGUCCUUGGGAGAAAUACAUUCUUACUCUACGCUUCUCGGAGCUAGGUGCUAUACGGUUUGAUCGAGACCUUCGUUCUGUCGUCGGCUAUCUUUCGUCGCAAACCUUGUUUGGAGACAUCAGAGGGAAGUUUGUUCGCCUACAACAGAUAUCGACACUUCUGAACUUGGAUCCUGAGGAAGACGUUGAGGAAUUCUACAGUGGAUCUGGGGUGUCUUGGGUCCUAACUGCACAAGAAGCCAGGAGUAUCGUGAAUUUAAAAGUGUAAAGUAAGCAGAGCGAAUGGGAAGGAUAAUCAACUCAAGUAUACAGGAUAUCGUGUACAUGGCACGUGAAGAGAUUGCGUUACCCUCUUCUAAGAGCAUCGAGCCUUGCUUGAAGAGCAUCCUCGUCUGAGAGGCCGCCACCACCCGUACCGCCAUCUAUGUCAUCACCUUUUGGUGCAGGCCCGCCUCCUCCUAUAGAUUCGCCUACGACGACAGCCUGUCGACUUGCUACAGGUUGAGAGGCAGCAAGGCCCGUUGGGGCAUCGGUCAACUGUUGUGACAAGCCGACACCGAUUUCAUCAAGCACCUCUUUGAGGAUCUUAUCACCUUCUUCCUCUUCGUCCUCCUCUGGGUCCUCCAUCACAUCGUCGACAGCGUCUGACAUCAUCUCUUCUUUCAUGUCCAUCAUCGAACUCUCUUUCUCAAAUUCGUUCAUGAUCCUUUGGAUUGAUGGGAGGUUCAGACCACGGUUCAUAGAUGCCAUUGCACGAGUUGCGCCACGCAUGGCAUCGGCCAUCUGCUGGUUGCUCCUCAAGGUCUGUAUUCUAAGACUGACAGCCUGGAGCUGAGUGCGCAUUUGAUAGAAUUUCUGAACGUAGCGACGCGUGCGGACGAGGUCCUUGGCCAUGACUUUACAUGCAUUCAUCUGGCCGGCUUUGGCACUCUUCUUGAUGUCCGCAACGAGUCUCUUCUCUUGGGACUCGAGUUUUGUCCGUUCGCGAUCGAGCUCACGCUGUGCCUU